GCACAUGAGUUACACUUGCUUCCUCAUCCAGCCACUGGCGAGUAACCUAUUCAAGAAAUCCUACUAUUAGAAAUACUACAUAAUACACCUCCUCAAGCACCUCUUUGGCAAGAGCCUUAGAAUCUGGGUUUUCCCUUGCUUAACACGAAAAGCUCCACAGCCAUACACAUCUUAAUAGGGUUUUAGGGUUUCGAUUGAAGAGAUUAUAGAUAACGAUGGCUGAAUUUCUGAUCACCGACGAGUCUUUAACUAGUGUCGAAGGGAAGGUAGUUAUUGUUACAGGUGGUUCCUCGGGAAUUGGGCUAUCGACAGUACAACUCCUCCUCUCUCUGGGUGCAUCCGUGGUCGGCGCUGAUUUGCACGAACCCCUAGAGGGCGCCGUGAGCUCGGCACGAUUCACAUUCAAUCAGGCCGAUGUAUCGAAAUGGCAGGAUUUGGUCGGGCUCUUCAAGAAGGCCAUACAGCUCCACGGCCGGGUUGACCACGUGCUUUCCAAUGCCGGUGUUGGACCACGAACCAACUACAUCAACGGAAUCGAGCUUGACGAGAAUGGAGAUCCGAAAGAGCCAACCAGCCUUGUGCCCGAUGUCAAUCUCAAAGGCGCGAUUAACACGGCAACCCUCGCCAUCCAUUACAUCCGCAAGAACCCAAGUGGUGGUAGCAUUGUCGUCACCAGCUCUGCAACGGGCCUACAUCGUUUCCGAGGUGUGGAUUACACGGUAUCGAAGCAUGGCACUAUUGGAUUAAUACGCGGCCUGCAUACAGCACUGGCAGCGCAGGAUAUCCCUGUGCGCAUCAAUGGCUUAGUACCUCACUGGACAGCAUCGGGCAUAGUCCAAGAAGAGCUAUUCAAAGAACUGGGGAUCUACACGCAGCCAGCGAGCGCGGUCGCGCGUGCGGCCGUGAAGCUGUUCGCUGAUGAAUCGCGCCGCGGGCAGCUCAUCCACGUUGAUCAUGGGGUGUAUAAAGAAGUUGACGAGACCCUCUUGCAAGUCUAUGAGACGUUCCAGCACGAGGAGUCAACGGGCGGCGACGAAGGGAUCGCCCUGCUAGCAGCGCGCUUGAACUGGUUCACAGAUGCAAAAUAAAGAGAACGCAACGCAACGUACGGGGAUUGAGGCGGUGAACAGGGAAAUGUUGUAGGUGCCUGACCUGCAUCUUUCAACGCAGGCAGAGGGGAUCAUCAGAUCAUCAGAAUCACAAUACCUACAAAGGACAUUACACCUUAGCAGCCUUAGGUAAGAGCCACACCAAAACUUAGCGUGGUCAGUGGGUAACUACAUACCUAGGUACCUGGUAGGUCAGUACCUAGGUAUGUACUUAGGUAGUUGCCAACAUAUAUCAAGGGCUUAAGAAAGACUGCGAGGUUUAGGAAGUGCGUAUGACGAUGAGCAUGAACGAUGAGCAUAAUUCUGAAUACGGAAGCAGCUCAUGUGCAAUAGUAAUCACUUCAAUUGUCCGAAUUUUUCAUGUCGAUAGCUCUGCACCCACCUACGCUACCUAGGUACCUUGGGUCCUGCCUACCUACUUACCUACGGUAGGUACCUACCUAGGUAGUGUUAAGGCAUCUAUCUGACUGCCAGCCCAAGUUAUCAUCC